AUGCACCUGAUCGCCCGGCCGGGACCUUUGGCUACGAGAACAGCUCCAGCAACAAUAUGGCCGAUGCUCGUGCUAGCGCUCGUCGCCCUGUGGGUGACAGGAGGAGCAUGCAUGACCGAUGACCAGAUCACUACCCUGCGUCAAGACACGCAAGACUUAUUUUACCAUGGAUACGACAAUUACAUGUCGCAUGCCUUUCCGGAGGACGAACUCAAGCCCAUCUCCUGCACACCGCAAACACGCAAUCGCACGCAUCCGGCAGAUAUCGGCCUGAACGACGUCUUGGGCAACUACACGCUCACGUUAAUCGACUCAUUGUCAACCCUCGCUAUUCUUGCCUCCGGAGCACGAGACACACACGACAAGCGCGAUCCCUUGCGCGACUUCCAGGACGGCAUCAAGAGCAUUGUUGAGCUUUACGGCGAUGGCACGCCGAAGACGCCGUGUGGCACGAGAGCAUGUGCUUUCGAGCUGGACAGCAAAGUGCAGGUCUUCGAGACGACCAUACGUGGAGUCGGUGGUCUCCUCUCGGCACAUCUCUUCGCUAUCGGAGAGCUGCCCAUCACUGGCUACAAUCCAGUGUUCAAACAAGGCAAGAACCCAGGCAUCAAGUGGAAGAACGGCUUUGUCUACAACAGCCAACUCCUGAACCUCGCACACGAUCUGGGCACGAGACUCUUGCCUGCCUUCGGCACGAGGACUGGAAUUCCAUACCCUCGGGUGAACUUACGGACUGGCAUACCUUUCUAUCAAGAUGCUGAGCAUGGCGUGUGUCGCGCUGAUGGCAAGUCCGUUGAUCAACGGGAAAUCACCGAGAACUGCGCGGCAGGUGCUGGGAGUCUGGUGCUCGAGUUCUCUACCUUGAGUCGCUUGACCGGCAAUGGCACAUUCGAACGUCUUGCAAAAGAAUCCUUCUUCGCCGUUUGGAACCGACGCUCCAGCAUCGGCCUUCUAGGAAAUGGCAUUGACGCCGAAAACGGCCAGUGGACCAUGCCCAUCAACUCUGGCAUUGGUGCUGGUAUCGAUUCAUUCUUCGAGUACUCUAUCAAAUCCGCCAUUCUGCUUUCGAAUCUACCAUAUCACGCCAGUAACUACAAAACAGAAGCACCAGAAGUUUUCCUCCAAGUCUGGGAUGAAGCACAUGCGGCGGUGAAACGGCAUGUAUAUCGCGAUGCAAGGAGUGAGAGCUAUCCCUUCUAUGGCCAAGUUGACUUUUACAGCGGAGCUUCUCGAUAUAACUGGAUCGACAACCUGUCCGCGUACUAUCCAGGACUUCUGGUCCUGGCGGGAGAGCUUGAAGAGGCUAUCGAAAGCCAUCUGCUGUGGAGCGCGCUAUGGACCAGAUAUCAGGCCUUGCCCGAGAGAUGGGUCACAGCGAACGCCCACAUUGAUGAUAGCUUCAGACAUUGGGCAGGCAGGCCCGAGUUUAUCGAAAGCACCUUCUACCUCUACCAGGCGACCAAGGAUCCGUAUUAUCUUCAUGUCGGCGAGACAGCUCUCCAGGACAUACGGCAACGAUGCUGGACCAAAUGCGGUUGGGCCACUCUUGCUGAUGUGGUGAAGGGGAAGCAGAGCGACCGAAUGGAGAGCUUCUUUCUGGGUGAAACAGCAAAAUACCUGUAUCUGCUUUUCAACGAGAAUCACCCUUUGAACAAGCUGGAUCGCCCAGUCGUAUUCUCGACAGAAGGGCAUCCUUUGAUCAUACCGGACCAAUAUCGCAAGACAGUACCUUUUGAUGCGCCCGUCAAGCAACAGAUCACACACCUGGAAGCAACACCCGGGUCUUCUCACAAUUCCGUCUGUCCAGCUCCACCGCCGCCUCUGCCGUUGACAGGGAGCAAUGUGGUUGCGCGGGAUGACUUCUUCCAUGCAGCAGUUCUGACUCGGCUACACAUGGUGCCCGUGCCCGUGAUAUCGUCCGCACUUAUGAAGCCCUCGCAGUACAGCCCCGGCAUCUCUUUGGCUGACGUUGGAAGUCCUACUAACCAUACGUACUACCCACGGACAUUACCAAAGUACCUCAGACCAGUCGCAGGGGUCAGCUCACCGAUGCUCAGCUCUGUCAGCAGCACGUUGACAUUUCCUAACCUUGGUAACACGCCUGGCGAAGAGAACGGAUACAUACCUCUCGGCGCACUGCAUAAGCUUCCCGAUGGUCUACUGGUGAAUUCGCUCUCCAAUAUGCGCCUCAAUUUGGUCCAGGAGCCCAAGAUAUUUGCCAUACCAUCCGGACGGGGCAAGAUCACUAUUGAUGUCGGUAGCGGUGACGUCGAGUUUAGAAUAUCCGCUGUUGGCAGUCUGGCUCUCGGCAAAGAUGAGAGAGUGGUCCUGUCGGAUCGAGCACUUUCGGGCAUAAACCCGACUGAUCCUCACUUCACCAGAAAGAAAGAUCUCGAGAUGGUCGAUCUUGUAGUCGACGUACCGAUACUGGCAAAGGACGAGGACGGACAGGUCCCUUAUGCCAUUGGGCCUUCCGAGAACGGCACUUUCGGAGACAAGAUCCGUGGCAAGCUCCAAGAACUCAUAAGCAGCCUGAGCUCGAACGUCGAACCGACCCCUAUUGCCCAGCUUGGUGGCAAGGCAAAGGUCGUCCGGCACUUCAUCCCCGCCAUCCUGCCUACCGGCAUUGGCGCAGCACCGCUACCUGUACUACACGACGAGACCACAUCAGCUACAGCCCAUGGUACUCUGCCUCUCAACACGAUCUUCUACCUUGCUGACACUCUCUGUGAGCACCGCCUUCCUAUGGGUAUUGCGCUGCACUACAACAUCUUGGUCAUCCAACGUGGAGGCUGCAGUUUCAACGACAAGCUCGCCAACAUUCGCUCCUUCGCGCCACGUGCGGAUAGACUCCAGCUUGUGGUCGUUGUCAGCACUACUUCAUCAUCGGCCACAGAUUCGCAGGCGAAUAGGGAAGGAUUGAUCAGACCUUUACUCGAUCAGCCACAGUUGACGCCUUCUGGGCCACAAAGGCAACAUCCCAUUGCGAUGGUGAUGGUGGACGGCACCCCGGAUCAUGUUGCUGCGCUGACGGGAGCUGCGAAGGCUUUCGGUAGUUUCGAUGAGGAAGGCAAGCUCGUUGAGGCGCAGAGGUCUGUUGGAACGGCGAAGGGGACGGUCGGUACGGGUGCGGGACUCGGAGUGAAGAGACGGUAUUGGUUUGAGAGUGAUAAUAAGGUGAUUCAGAAUUUGCAUAUGAUUUGA